CCGUGUAGAGCUGGGCUGUGCCGUGUAGAGCUGGGCUGGCAGCGGGAGUGGGCCGCAGACGCAAGUUAGGCCUACUGGAGGCUUUCUCGUUGCGACCUGACCGUGAGAUGUGCGCUUCUUCAGCCCCGCCCGGCUGCGGUUGCUGACCUCGGCCCUGGGGCUGCGGCUCCGCGGUGCCUUCCUGGCAGUUACAGGAACACGGCAUAUAAAGCUAUUACGAAGCAAACAUGCUGGCUGCACGGCUCGUGUGCCUGAGGGUGCUGCCAUGCCAGGCUUUCCGCCCCACCAUCUCUCAGGCUUCCCCAGCUUUGAGGAACUCUGGUAUAAAAGCAUUCCGUCUGUGGCAGCCCAACCAGUGCUAUGCCACCAGAGUAAGAACGGGCAUAAGGCGUGGGAAAAUUGGCCAGGAAAUCAAAGAAGCGGCAUUUGAGCCAUCUGCUGAAACUGCUUUUAAAGUUGAUCGCCUGGGAAGGCUUGUUGUUGCUGGAGGGGCUGCUGUUGGUUUGGGGGCGCUCUGUUACUAUGGCAUGGGCAUGUCCAGUGAGAUUGGAGCUAUUGAAAGAGCAGUUAUUUGGCCCCAGUAUGUGAAAGACAGAAUUCAGUCUACCUACAUGUACUUUGCGGGAAGCAUUGGCUUGACAGCGCUGUCGGCUGUAGCAGUAAGCAGGUCUCCUGCGCUCAUGGGUCUUAUGACAAAAGGUUCCUGGCUGGCUAUCGGUGCAACUUUUGCCACCAUGAUUGGUGCCGGAAUGUUGGUCAGGUCCAUAUCAUAUGAAAACAGUCCAGCAGCUAAACAUCUGGCUUGGAUGAUGCAUUCGGGUGUCAUGGGUGCGGUGGUGGCUCCUCUGGCUUUCUUGGGUGGUCCCUUGCUGAUCAGAGCUGCCUGGUAUACGGCUGGAAUCGUCGGAGGGCUUUCGACUGUGGCCGUGUGCGCUCCGAGUGAAAAAUUCCUGAACAUGGGAGGACCGCUUGGAAUAGGCUUUGGCUUCGUUCUUGCCUCUUCGAUUGGAUCCAUGUUCUUGCCGCCUACUUCUGCUUUUGGGGCUGGCUUGUAUUCCGUAGCUGUUUAUGGAGGAUUGGUACUCUUCGGCUUGUUCCUGCUCUAUGACACGCAGCAUGUUAUCAAACGCGCAGAGACUAUUCCUUAUUACGGAGUAAUCAAAUAUGACCCCAUCAAUGCGUGCAUGGGCAUUUACACAGACACGCUGAACAUCUUCAUUCGUGUGGCCACCAUGCUCGCUGGUGGUGGAAGCGGAAGGAGAAAGUAAAUGGAAGUAAACAGAGACUCUUAGCAGCUGUCUGACAGCUCAGACUCUUAGGUUGUCUGCAUAGUGCAUAUAGUAAAUAAAAAUUCAUCGCUACCAGCGGUUUUGCCACAGGUCAAAGGUUUAAAGCAUUUCAGCCUGUUGUUUAAGUGCUAAAGUGUUAAGUGUUAAAGAACAUCUGAGCAUAAUCACCUAUCUGAUUUUUCACAAGCUCGGAAGCAGUUCAGCUAUCGUUUUCCUUUUUACUGGAACUGCGCAGAAAUAGUAUUAACUUCUUUAAAUGGGUAUCUUAUAUGUAGACAAUGAUGCAAGCUGCUCAGGAAAUACUGUUCACAUACAACAGUUUUCAGUUAGGAUGGUGUAAAUAAUAUUUUCUUGAUGCAUAUAGAAGAACUGAGCACAGCAGAUAUGGCACCGAAUGCAGCAGUGGGUACGGCCUUGUGGGCAGAAAUUUCAGGAGGACUGAAGCAAUUGUCAGGAAUGCACCGGACAGGAUGGGUGGCGUGGCCAAAAGCAUAAAGGAGAUGAGAUGAGGAGCCUGCAUGACGUCUGCCCUACAUGAAAAUUUCAGUCUCCUGUAGCACGUGAAAACACCUUGUCCCUUACCCAGUACUUUAGUAUUGAAUGGAUAUAAUAACAGUUGGACUUUCUUGGUAGUAGAUCUAUCAGAUUGUUUGGUAAUUAUAUCAGUAUGUCUUUCUUCUAGUGAGAAACUUUGGGUUUUUCAAGUGAAGCGCUGCUCUUCAGAAGAAUUCCUCAUGUUUACUUGCUCUUAGAAGCUUGUUCAGUUGUCGCUAAAAGAAAGGGAAUUGAGAAUGGCCUGCUGCAAACCCAAGUAUUGUAAGCCUACCAUUAUUAGAUGCUGUUUUAUGUCUCUAAUUCUUCAGUUUGGUAUGCAUAGCUCAACUGAAGGGAAAUGUUCCAGUGAAAUUGAUUUAAUAUUAUGAAAUACAUACUUUCAUUAUGGUGGAGUAAGGGUCAAGUUCUCAGGCACAAGGAAGUUUUGAGUUGAUAAAAAUGCUUCAGGCUUCAAUUUUUCUGGUAAAUUAUGCUGUGUUUUUGGGAGAAAUAAAAUUCUGCCCUCACAUAUUGAUAAUUCUCAA